AUGGCGCCCCAGCCCGUCGAGGAUUCCGACAUCCCCUCGGACGACUUCUGCCAGACGAACCUCUCCGGCCCCCGUGACGACCACGAUGGUGAUCUCGUCACGUGGGCCGAAGACCGCGACCUCAAGCGCGGCCUCGCCGAGCGCCAUCUGUCUAUGCUCGGCAUCGCGGGCGCCAUUGGCACGGGCUUGUUUCUCAGUCUCGGUGGUGCCAUAUCGACUGGCGGUCCGCUGGGCGCGUUGCUGGGGUAUGCGGUUGUGGGGAUGAUUGUGUGCGCCGUGCAGUUCGCGCUGGGCGAGGUGUCGGCUUUGUUGCCUGUCACCGGGUCGUUUGUACGACAUGCUGAGUUCCUCGUUGAUCCCGCGCUGGGGUUUGCUGUUGGAUGGAAUCUGGUGUAUGGGAAUAUCCUGUCGAUUCCGAGCGAGAUCACGGCUAUCUGUGUGCUGUUUGAGUUUUGGACGGAUAUCAAUCCGAGCGUGUUCAUCGUGGUGUUUAUCAUCGCCACGUUCGUGGUGGGGAUUGCGUUUAUCCGCGUCUUCGGAGAGGUCGAGUACUUCUUCGCCGUGCUCAAGAUCCUCCUCGUCGUCUUCCUCAUCAUCCUGGGUCUCGUCAUCGAUCUGGGCGGCAUCCCGGGAACCCCGCGCAUCGGCUUCGCGUACUGGCAGAAUCCGGGCCCCUUCGUCGAGUACAUCACCACGGGCAACUGGGGAAAAUUCCUCGGAUUCUGGGGGGUCAUGACCUCGGCCGUCUUCUCCUUUGCCGGCGUGGAAUCCAUCGCCAUGGCUGCGGCUGAGACGCGCGACCCGCGCCGCGCCAUCCCGAGGGCUUGCAAGAACGUUUUUCUGCGGGUCGUCCUCUUCUACAUGCUCUCCGUCCUCGUCGUGGGCAUGCUCGUCCGCAGCGACGAUCCAGCCCUGGGGAACGACUCUGGCACCGCGGCCACGAGCCCCUUUGUGCUAGCCGCGUCCGCGGCGGGGAUCCCCGCUAUUCCGUCCGUGGUCAAUGCCAUCGUCAUCACGUCCGCCUGGUCGGCCUCCAACCAGGCUCUCCUGUCGGGCACGCGCGUGCUGUACGGCCUCGCCCUCAAGGGGCAAGCGCCCAAAAUCUUCCUGAGGACUACGAGCUGGGGUACGCCCUACGUAUGUGUGUUGCUGUUUACGGCGUUUAUGUUCCUCAGCUUUAUGAGUCUGAGCAAUGGGGCAAUGACGGUGUUUUGGUGGUUGGUGGAUUUGACGGCGGCCGGGGUGCUGGUUUCGUGGUCGACUAUCCUGUUUAAUCAUAUUCGGCUGAAGUCGGCCAUGAGCAAGCAGGGGUUUCCGGUGUCGAGGCUGCCGUGGCAUAAUGCCUGGACUAUCUAUAGCUCAUACGCCGCGCUCUUUAUGUGCAUUGUUAUCUUGCUUACCGGCGGGUUCGAGGUCUUCACCAAGGGCAACUGGGACCCCAGCCAAUUUGUCUCCUCAUAUCUGGAUAUACCACUUGUGAUAUUGGCAUUCGUCAUUUGGAAAUUCUUAAAGAAGACACAGUUUGUCGCGCUAAAGGAUAUACCCCUCGAGGAGGCUUUUAAGCAGGCAGAUACGGAUAUUACUGACGUGGGGGGCUCGCAUCUCGUAUCGUAG